AUGAUCGUGUUCUGUGUUACACUGCUGCUCCUUCAUCAAGGAUAUACACUGGUUCCAGUGACCACAGUUCAACUCGGUGAACCUGUGACCUUCACAUGUGUUUCUACAAAUGAGUUGAACCAAAGAUUUCAUUUGUACAAGCAGACUGCUGGGGAAAAUCUGAAAUUAAUUGUGUCAAUGUGGAAAAAUACAAGCCCUGUGUAUGGACCAGACUUUUCUGCCUCAAGAUUGGAAGUAAAAUUAAAUAAGAACAUGAGCAGUCUGACUAUUUUGAAGACAAAAGAAGAAGAUGAGGGAAUGUAUCACUGUGCAGAAGUGGAAUGGACUAAAAUUACUUGGAGUGCAACCUAUUUGUCGUUAAGAGGAAAUACUCAGAGGACAUCAAACUAUGCUGUUGUUCAGUGGUCGACAGUAUCUGAUCCAGUCCGUCCAGGAGACUCAGUGACUCUGCAGUGUUCAGUCCUCUCUGACUCUGAGAACAAGACGUGUUCAGAAGAUCACAGUGUGUUCUGGUUCAGAGCCGGAUCAGAUAAAUCUCAUCCAGACAUCAUCUACGCUGAUGGAAACAGACAUGAUGAAUGUGACAAGAGUCAGAAACGCUGUGUUUAUCACUUCUCUAAGAACGUCAGCUCCUCUGAUGAUGGGACUUACUACUGUGCUGUGGCCACAUGUGGGGAGAUAUUAUUUGGAAAUAGAUCAAAACAGCAAAUCGGAACCAGUAUGUGCUCACAGACAGACCAUGCCGUUAUUUUUCUGCUGUGCGCUGUCUUGGCUAUAUGUCUGAUUGUUAUAGCCUUCCUCAUUCAUGCCGUCAUGAAGAAAAACAAGUGUGACUGUUACAAUGCUCCUGUUGCUGUGCAAAAACACAGUGGUGGUCAGAAAAGUCAUCAGAGAGACGAGGGCUUGUGGGUUUAUUCUACUGUCGUCUUCACCGUGAUGAAAACUGACAGAGACAUAAUAAAGGAUGCAAAAGCAGCAGAGAGAGAGAGGAUCUAUGCUGCUGUCAAGACAUUUGGGUUGGAUUAGUGAGUUAACAGGUCUCUUUAUCAUGAUUUGGUACUGUAUGAUCGAGUUGAUGUUAGUCUGUUUAGGGCUAAAGAGUUUGUUGUACAGUAUGUGGUUAUUAGGUAAGGCUGUACAUAUUACAUAUCACUUCAAAUUAAGGUUUUUCCUUUUUGAAACAUUUGAAAUGUACAUUUGAAACCAGCAAGUAACUGAAGCAAAUAUAAAUGUAUUCACUGUGUGGUUGAAAGUUUCUCUUUCUUUCGUCAUAAUCUUUCCCUUAAUCAAGCUACACUGUCACACUGUCACACUCUUCUAGUCUUGUCUCUUUCAUGCAAAUGUUCACAGUUAAAAGUUACACUGCAGAGGUUCCUGGGUGGCUUUGGAAUUAAGAUGUCGAUCGAGAAACAUAACGCAUGCACUGUCUUUGUCAACUGUAUUUUUCUUAAUUUUGCAACCGAAUAAAGACAUUUUCUGUCAA